CGUAUCCAAAUACUACUUGAAACGGACGUUGAUUAACUUGAUUGCAUUAAACAGUUUUACAGUUUAUUUACAAAAAAAGUAUAAUUUCAUUAUCAAGAUGUGUUUUAACAAGUGAAUAAGGCAUCAAAGGAAAGAGGACUGACGUUUUAUUGUUUAUCAAAAGAUGGCGGAUAAAUACUACAGGCUUGUGUGCUUUGUGGUGAACAUUUGUCCAGAGCCUUUACGAGAAUUUUUCAUCAAGCUUGCUAAUAAAGAUGCAGGAUCUUCUUAUACAACCGUUGAUGCAUAUCUUGCUCACAGGCACCCGGAUGUGAUGCAGCUGAAAAGGAAGAAAAGGAUCAGAGAAGAUCAGUAUGAUUUACUAUAUCCUGGUCAUGGCACCGCUAACGUUGACCAAUGGGAUGUUACACUUCUUGUUACAUUGAUUACGGAAAUGUUCGAGACAAGCAUACAACCCCUUGAUAUAUUUCUCAUGAAGAAUGAAAUUCGCGGGAUACGUAACGAGUUGCAGCAUCUCCCAAACACUUCAGAUAUGACUGACAAAGAUUUUGAUAGCUACUGGGGACGUCUUGAUAAUGCCAUUAUGGCGAUAGCAAAGCAGGUGUUUAGUACAGAGCGUGAAGAAAAGUUUCGAAAGGAAAUUGAAAAUGCUAAAGGCAAUAACCUUCCAAAUCUUGGGGAUUCUCUUCGCCAGUGGUACGAAGAAAUUAUUAAGCAAUGGCAAAGCAAGUUUAACGAAAUCGAGUCAAAUACGAAGGAGACGGCUUCAGUUCUUCGACAAGUGACUGUUCAAAAACCCGGACCUUCAGGCGACAAAAAUAAAAGAAUUAAAACUGCCGAUGGCAUACUGGCAAAGCUUCAAGCUAGUUUUGAAACAACAAUGAAUGAAUUACCAGAAGAUUUCAAUGCACCGUCAGAAGUUGUCGACAUCCGAACAAAACUUAGAAACAAUCACUACGUUGUUGUCACCGGAAGUUACAAUAGUCGUUAUUUUGAUACAGCACUUGCAGCCAUUAAAGGAAUGGAUUAUAAUUACAAACGAUGUGUCGAGAUGCACGAGUCCUCAGACUGGCGCCAUAUCGACCCCGAAGACGUUGGCUUCGUCCUCUGCAGAAAUCCGUUUGGAAGUUUCUCGUAUGAUGAAAACAAAGCUAAAGCUAUGGCAGACAUAUUCGACAACAUGAAGCAUACAACAAAAGGAGAUGAGAACAAAACUUUAGACCUAGUCAUAGUAACAGACCUGACGGUUCUGACUGAGUGCAAAAAUUAUCAUGAUCAUGACAUCCUGGAAGAAAUAGUAAAGGUUUUUGAUGAUACAAGUGAAUCACAACCGGCGGACCUUACGCUGGUACUGACGAGCAACUUCCUGAAGCAGUAUAGCAUCUCCUGCAGUCAAGUAGAUGAAAGCGUAAUUAAAGAGGCAAGACACAAAUUUAAAGCAAAGAAAGCCGUCGUGCUUACUGGGCCAAGAAAGUGCGGAAAAACAUCAGUAGCAGUUGCGUUGGCGUCUUCUUACCAGCCUUCACAAUGUUCGCUUCUUACAGAACCGAACGAUUUUAAGAAAAUUGACUUCCAGAGCAUUUGCUUGGUCAUUAUCGAAGAGUUUGCCGGAAAGUACUGUUACGAUGAGAAAGACGUGUAUAAAUGGUACAGUAUGUUUGACCAUUUGUAUAAUGCCAUAACGGCAGGUCAGAUGAACGUGAUAAUCACGUGCGAAAAAAGCAAACUGGACAAAUGUUGCACCGAAAUUUCAUCCCAUCCUGUUCUUAACCACAGAGUAGAAAUGUCAGCACGUACCACUGUCAUUAAACAGGAGAUGGUACUUCAGAAUACAGAACAUACUUUAAGCGUCGUGGACAGCCCUGACAGAUCUGUAAAUUAUAGUGCGAUUAUGGACACAAGUCGUACGGGAAUUGCGGGAGCAUUUAACACACAGUAUGGCAAUGGCAAACCGACAACCAUACUGAGAUUGCCACAAGCAGGCACAGCUCAAGACCAAUAUAUCUCCCCUAUAGGAAUACAGGGAUCGGUACAGAACUUCAUGACCAGUAGAAAUCUGUUUCCCAGGACUUGGAACAAUAUUCUUCCAGCACAGGCAUUAUCAACAGAAAGAGGAGAUAUUGUAGACAACUAUGCCGGAUCAACAGAUACAGGUACUAUGGUGGUCUCAAGUAGAGGGGGAAUAUCGGGAGCCUUUAACAUGUCAUGUAGAAACGAAACAGAAAAGACAAUAUUGAGAUUGCCAACACCAGACAGAGCGCAGGACUUAACCAUCUCUCGUAUGGGAAUGCCGGCAUCGUUGUUGCAGAACUUUACGACUGUGCCAGCACAAACAGUAUCAAGAGGAGUUGGUACAGGUCCGCUGUUUCAGAUUCAUGGACAUCAAAAAAGAGUAACACAUGACCAGGCAAGAAUUCCAUCUGCACAGAGAUUAACAGGUUCACAUGUAUGGUCAGUCAAGGAUAAAUAUAAGAGUAAAAUCCGGGUAAAAGGUGACAGAACUAAAUGUAAUAUCCGUGGUUGUUGUCUUUUACCUUCUGGAGAGAUUCUGUUAGUAGACAACAGUAACGACAAACUGAAGAAACUUGAUACCAGGUACCAGGUGAUCAGUGUGUGUGAUAUGCCUAUAUAUUCCUAUGAUGUUUGUUAUAUCGGUAACAAUGUAGCUGUAGUAGCACCUGAAGCUAAACUGCAGUUUGUGGAUAUUAGGGGAGGUAUGACACUUGCCAAUUCUGUUGAUACAGAUCAUACUUGUAGGGGACUGGCCUAUGGUAAUAACCAGCUAUAUGUUACAGGUGGCAGGUCCGUCUAUAUAUACAGUAAAGAUGGUAUAAAGCAGCGUAUUCUAUAUACUCAUCAGUCUGGUUAUACUUCCUUCCAAAAUAUUGCACUCAGUGAUGAUGGCAGUUUGAUAUACAUCUCAAACUGGAAUGGUGGAGUUGUUACCAUUGACAGUUCAGGAAACCACCUGAACACAUUUACUGAUUCAGAACUCGGUAGAGCCGGUGGAGUUUGUGUAGAUGGUGAAGGUCAUGUCUUGGUAUCUGACGCUUACUCAGGCAAGAUACUACAGCUUAGUUCUGAUGGUAAGAAGAAACUGGGAAUCAUAUCAAACAGAUCUGAUUACAUAUACAGGACAAGAGCAUUGUGUUUUGAUAAACAAAAUGCAGCCUUGGUAGUAGCUGGCUUUGACGAUAACAUUAUGGUUUUAAAACUGCGAUAAAACAUAUCUAUUAGUUGACUGUAAAAUGUAUAGAGCAAAUAAAAUUAUUAACUAGAAA